AUGAACCAUCCGCUCCUAGCCCGGGUCACAGAGGGGCAGCAGCGGCAAGACGAAGAGCGUCGAAAGCGUGCCACUCAUGCCGUACACGCAAAGUCCGCUGCGACGUCGUUGACCAUGGAGUGCCGUGCACAAAUUGUCGCCUCGACCUCGUUUUCUGACCACGCCGAUGACCUUCCGGUUGGUCUGACCUUUGAGAAGAGGUUCAACAGAUGCAGCCAAGCUCAACCGUCGAACCUGUUGAGUAACGGCGGGACCGACUGUGUCAUUUCUGGCGUGGAAGACCCCGAUGCCAUUGUGCCGCAUCAGCCCCAAGAUGCUGAACACCACCGUCCAAACGACUUUGGCCAGAUGAGCGAGGCCUCCCAACCAGCACUAUCAGCGCCACUCAUCAAUCCCUUGCAAAACGAGGACUGCUUUGUUGCGCCCGUACUCGAGCAAGCCUACGGUCUUCCUCGCUUCGUCCGUCCUCUGCCGUCAUGCAUCGACGCCCAUGGAGCUCAAUUCCUCGCGCACAAGGGGGCUCUGACGGUCCCAGACGCCAGUCUGCGGAACGAACUCCUGCGCAGUUACGUCCAAUACGUGCACCCAUUUAUGCCCAUACUGGACCUGAGGCAGUUUCUUACACCCAUCGCGCGAAACGACGGUUUCGCCCAGAUCAGUUUAUUGACCCUCCAGGCGGUUAUGUUCGCUGGCAGCACGUUCGUCGAUCUCCGAUUCCUUCAGAACCACGGAUACAAUGAUCGACGGGAGGCACGCAAAGCCUUCUACACCUCGGCGCGCAUGCUCUACGAUUUUGACUACGAGUCGGACGACGCUGCGGUUCUGCAAGCCGUGCUCCUUCUGACCUACUGGUAUGAGUCGCCCGAGGAUCGAAAGCACACGUGGUAUUGGAUGGGCAUCAGCGUAUCCGUUGCCUAUACCAUGGGCCUCAACCGCCGCCACGCGCACGCGAAUCGGGAUCGCGAGACACAAAGACUCUUCAAGCGGCUGUGGUGGGCUUGCCACAUUCGGGACCGACUGAUCGCAUUGGGCAUGCGCCGCCCCGCGUGGAUCAAACUCGAAGACCAUGAUACACCGAUGUUGGAAAGAGAUGACUUCGACACGGAGCCAUUGCCGAACGAGCUGUUUACCUUGCUCGGUGGCGCGCCGAGCGUGCUGGAUUGUGUCUCCCGGCCUGAUCUCGUCUACGCGUGCAUCGAUCUGGCAAAGUUGACCGUCUGUAUCGGCCACAUUCUGGUCACGCAGUACUCUCUCGUGACCGAAAGUGCAGGCGGAACUGCGGGCGGAAGCAUGAUGUUGAGCCCACAGCGGUCGACCCUACAAAUGUCCGAGGCCACCCGGUGUGAGGAGCGGCUGAGGCAGUGGGAGCAAGAGUUGCACCCUGAAGCUCGGUACAACGUCGUCGGGGCUUACCAAUACGGCGGAUUGCCGGUUGACCCGGUCAUCAACGUCCACCGGGCGCUCCUGCGAAUGGUGUAUCUGACGACGCUGUCCGCACUGUACAGACCCCAAGUCUUCCGUCCCAAGAAGAUGCAAAGGGCGAGGCCUUCCAAAUCCGGAAUCUCGGCCCGGCAGAUCCUGAGGCAGGUGGCAAACGAGAUCACCGAUAUCAUCGCGGAUUUGCAAGCCCAGGAUCAGAUCCGCUUCCUGUCUACCAGUGGUGUCAUGGUCCUGUCUCCCACCGUGAUCACACUGUUGCUGGACAUCAACUCUCCGGACCACGACAAGCGAAACGCCAGCAUCGCCCGCUUUUACCGGUGCAUGCAGGUUCUGCACAGACUGCGCGAAAUCUACGCCUCAGCAGACUCGGCAAUCUCGUUUCUCGAGGCCGCCAUCCAAAAGGCUCACGUGCAGAUCCCAUCCGGGAAAGCAGAUGGCCCGUUUUCCUCUCGCGAGCAUUCUGCCGCCGGCGUCGUUCACGCAUCAUCGGAGCAUCGGACAUUCUUGGCCACUGACGGCUCUUUGAAUGGCAUGGCGGCGGCUCAGAAUCAGUCGACUACGCUGUUGGGCACGGUCGACAAGGACUAUCCCCAAGUCUAUGGGCAAACCGACCAGAUGGAAGGACCUUUGAACGACGCAAUGACCAUGAGUCUGCAUGACCCCAUGGGUGGCGGGGCGUCGAUUAGUGAUGACAUGCAAGAAAGUAACCAGUUCUCUUCACUCGGAGAAGGCGAAAACAACUCGGACAAGGAUGACAAUUGGUAUUUAGUGGAUGCCUUGUUCAAUUUCGAGGGAAAUACUAGCCUGCACGGGUUUGACGGCGGCUUCGGCACCGGUCUUGAAAUCUCAUAG